UAGACCGUCAGCUGACCCGAAAAUCUCUGGAUAAGGGGCCCCGCCGCUCAGCCCUGCCUUCAAAAACCCCCGGGGCGGCGGCGAGGCCGGGCGUCGCGGCGUCGCCGGCUGCAGCAGCGCGAGCCCCCGGCCUGCCCCGCAUCGCCCCGCGGCAUCCCGCAUCCCGCAUCCCGCAUCCGCCUCCCGCAUCCCGCAUCGCCAUGGCGCCCCGCGGCCUCCUCCUGCUGCUGCUGCUGCUGCUCUGCGCCGCCGGGCCCGCCGCCGCGCUCAUCAGGAUCCCGCUGACCAAGUUCCCCUCCAUGCGGCGGGUGCUCAGCGAGGUGGGCAGCGACAUCCCCGACCUCGACGCCGCCACCCGGUUCCUGAAGCACAAGCUGGGCUUCGCCGCGGAGCCCACGCCGGAGAUCCUCAAAAACUACAUGGACGCGCAGUACUACGGCGAGAUCGGCAUCGGGACCCCGCCGCAGAAGUUCACGGUGGUCUUCGACACCGGCUCCUCCAACCUGUGGGUGCCGUCCGUGCACUGUCACCUGCUGGACAUCGCCUGCCUGCUGCACCACAAGUACGACGCCUCCAAGUCCAGCAGCUACGUGAAGAACGGCACCGAGUUCGCCAUCCACUACGGCACCGGGAGCCUCUCCGGGUACCUGAGCCAGGACACCGUGACGCUGGGUGACUUGAAAAUCAAGGACCAGAUGUUUGGGGAGGCCGUGAAGCAGCCAGGCAUCACCUUCAUUGCCGCCAAGUUUGACGGCAUCUUGGGCAUGGCGUUCCCCAAGAUCUCCGUGGACAAGGUCACCCCUUUCUUCGACAACGUCAUGCAGCAGAAGCUGAUUGAGAAAAACAUCUUCUCCUUCUACCUGAACAGGGACCCCACCGCUCAGCCUGGCGGGGAGCUGCUCCUGGGGGGGACUGACCCCAAGUAUUACAGCGGCGAGUUCAGCUGGGUGAACGUCACGCGCAAAGCCUACUGGCAGGUCCACAUGGACGCGGUGGACGUCGCCAACGGGCUGACGCUGUGCAAGGGGGGCUGCGAGGCCAUCGUGGACACGGGCACCUCGCUCAUCACCGGCCCCACCAAGGAGGUGAAGGAGCUGCAGAAGGCCAUCGGCGCUAAGCCCCUCAUCAAAGGCCAGUACGUGAUCCCCUGCGACAAGGUGUCCUCUCUGCCCGCGGUGACGCUCACGCUGGGAGGGAAGCCCUACCAGCUCACCGGGGACCAGUAUGUCUUCAAGGUUUCUGCGCAGGGGGAGACCAUCUGCCUGAGUGGGUUUUCAGGCCUGGAUGUCCCACCCCCCGGCGGCCCGCUCUGGAUCCUGGGUGAUGUCUUCAUCGGUCCCUACUACACCGUCUUUGACCGUGAUAACAACUCUGUUGGCUUUGCCAAGUGCGUCUAAGCGCCUGACCCACACUGCCUCUGCCACACACACUUACACACACGCACGGGAGCUGUAGAGAAUGAUUACCAGGGUUGGCAACCCAGUGAGGAAGAGAAAAAGAAGUGGAGCUAGAUUUAAAUUUGCAAGGAAAAUAAUCAUUGUUAGUGCCCUGCUAGCUACGUUUUCCCCUCUGUCGAGUAAGUGGUGCUGGAACAGCUCUAGUUGACAACUCCAGCUAGAGUAGCUCCUUGCUUUACUAUUAGAUCUUCCGGUAUUUGUUUUUAAUGUUGAUUCUCAAAGCUGCGCAAUGCCCUCUCGUGUCUCCCAGCACUGGUCUCCCUACUGGAGAGGCAGCUUGCCGGAGCCACCCAGCAGUGCCGCUGUUCCUGCCGAGAAGCUGUGCGGGUGCUCCUGGGUUUGGGCUUCUGCGCUGGGGGAGAGGGAGGGGAAAGACUAUCCUGCACGUUUCUUAUUUCUUCCUCUUUUUCACUGAUGGAGUGGGGGAGUGGGAGGGGUAGAGAGUUCGUCUUGAUCACUCCUCUGAGACUGGUGAGGCAGCAAUCGCUAAAUCACUUUUUGCGCUAGCUUGGUCCUGGGGGAGUGCUUCCCGGGCUGGAGCUGAGAGGGAUCUUCUAGCAUGCACAGGGGAGGUUUUAAAGUCCAACGGCUCUGGUUGUGUGUUUUUGUGUUGUGACAACACUAGUGAGAGCUUGAGGCGUGAUCUAGCCAUGCCUGGUCUGAGUCUCUCACAGACCUAUCGGGGCAGGGAUUCGUUGGGGGGCUCCAGCCAGUAGGGCUCUUCACGGAGUAAGAAUAUAAAGGGGGUUACAGUAGGAUUUAAUAGGAGUUGCUUGAAUUCAUGUCCACAAAGGCCUAGCUUUAAGCUUAGGGCUGAGCAAACCAGUUUGAGCAAAGGCAGAGUUGAUAUAAAUGCUCUUGAGUUUGGCAAACUUCCAGUUUUCCCAAACCUGAGAACUUUCUAACCUUAUCUGGAGUUAGAGAGUUGAGCAUAACAUUUCCCAAAGCAACUAAGUGGUCUACAAGCCUAAAUCACGUUGAUUAAAUCAGUGACACCUGGUUGUUUGUAAAUCACAUAAGAGCUUUUGGAAAUAUUAUUCACAGUGUUUUGAAUUGCUCAGAACUCAAGAGACAGUUGACAGAACCGAGUCAGCAAGUCUUCCAGGCAGGAGGGAACCACGGAGGCUUCUGAAUUUUCAUUUGCUCUCCUUUCACCGCUGCCCUGUCCUGAAACCCAGCUCACCUUCAAUACCCUCCUUACGUUGUACUAUAGUUUCUGUAUUAUUAACAUUGGUGAGAGCCCUGUUCAUCUGCAUCGUGUGUUACGGAAGCAGUGAGGCACAUUCCCUGCUUUGGCGAGUUUGUAGCUGAAGGAUUUAGCUGUGCUUACAGAUCCACAUUUUGCUCCUGGAGAGCCAAGACCUCUGUGCAUGGAGCCAUCCACUUCGCUGGGCUGGAGUCGGUAAACGUGCGCUGGGGGAGCAAGGAGAGAGCAGUAGCGGGAAGGAGGAUAAAGGGAGUUUUAAGCAACGCUGGAAAGCAGAAGAGAGUGUUUUCCAAGGCUCUCAGGGAGUGACUGUAGAGAUUCCUGUUGAUUUCCAACACUUUGGAUUUGGUCCUGGGGUUAAGGAGUGGCAGCCCAUGAGUGACAAAGCUGCAGGUAGCAAGAGAAGCAGAUCAUUACCAGCCAUGACCCCCGACAGGGCAAAAUAGCCAGUAAAAUCCUGGCUCCCCAAAAUUCAGUGUGAAUACUGCCAGCAGUUUCAGUGGUGUCAAGAAAGUUUCUGGAAAAGGUGUUUGGGGCAGUGAGUGAGUAGAUGGUUAGUCACAGUAAAGUACAUACCUAGACAUCAUGUCCAACACGAAAUCCACCGUGAGCAUCCGGGGCAUGGUGGGAAAGAGUUUUCCAGGUGAGCCGUGGGAAGACAGCUGAGCACAGCGAGCAGACAGUCUGCAAAUGUCCCCUUUCCCCAUCCUGUGCAGCUCAUCAGUUUGCUGUUACAACCAUUACUCAUCCCUUGGAGAGGUCUGGCGUGGCCAGUAGGGACUGGCCUGAACACACUCCUAAUCUCUGCAUUCUCCCAUCCAACCCGGGCAUGAUAAAUCUGCUGCUCCCAAAGCCGCCUUCUGCCUGUUCCCAGUCUUCGCCUGCAACCUUGGAUUUGGAAGCCUGAAGGCAUCUGUUGCAGCCCGGGGAUCUGGCUAGAGAACAGUAGUGCAUUACCAAAAAAUCAAAUGCAGAUGCUCAGCACCUCUCCAGAGAGCCCAGAUUUCAGAUUGAUUAAAUGCCCAGAGCUCUUCAAAGUUCUGCUAAAUCCUCCCACAGCUGCAGGGUUUAUCCAGCAUAGGGACUGAGACAAUUUCUCAGGUACCCGUUAAUCAGACUUGAUGUGGGGGACGGCCUGACACGGAGCUGACUGCGGGUUUUGAACGUGUUGCACAUCAGAUUUAACCCCUGGCAGGACGUACAGUGUAGCCUAAGAACAAGCCAUGCUGCAGCAGUUCUGCUGAACGUACAAUGCCUUAUGCUGUACAUGUUGUAGCCUCUUUGCGGUAACCUAAUGCCGGGCUGAUUUCUGUCCUCAGGCAGGCAGGACGCUUCUCUCUGAGGAAAGAAUAUGGCCCCAAAUGAUGCCCUAAAUGACAUAUCUUAGGAUAGGCUGGAGGAGCAGUUAAUUUGAUGUAACCACAUUUGCGACUUCACCGAAUUCGUCUCCUCCCCUUGUUGUUUUAUCUGCAUUUUUAAACCAAACUCUAACUGUGUGAUUUUUUUUUUAAUCUAAUUUGCUGUCAGAAUUACUGUCUCAUUAUAGAAAAUUGAAAAGAAAAUACAGUAUUUUCCCCCUUA